CUUUUAGAUCUACGGUGUUUUUUAAAAAAAUUAUAUAUAUAUGGAAAUGUGGAAAUAUUAAUUGUUAAUUGUUAAGAUAUGGAAAUGUGGGUGAGGGAUCAUCCUAGCCUAUAUGAGUAGAUUAGAAAUGGUACAUACUUUGAUUGUGGGUGUAGAGUAUGCUCUCUGCUUGAAGAAUUGAUAGGUUGAGCUGUGCAGGGUUUAUGUUUCUACCAAGGAUAAUGUAGUUGAUGACCUUUUGACACCAACCUAACUAAAUGAUAUCAAACUGUUUCGAGACACUAACCGUCUAACCCUAACCAAUUGAUCAUAUGAGUUCAUUCAACAUUUUUAAAUAAAAGGGGUUAUUUGUAUAGAAACUUUAAGCUUGUUUAGAUUUUCAAGAGUUAGUCCAGGUUUUGCAAACUCUCGCUUUUUCUUUAUUUGCAAAUCUGAACUUUCUGAAAGUUAGAGCAUGUUUUAUGCAUUUAAAAAUUCAAUUCUCACAUGAAUUAUCUAAUUGAAUGGGUUAAUCAAAUUGAUUUUUUUAACUAAACAAAAGUCUAAUUUAGCUAACAUGUUGGAAAUCACCAGCUUAUUUCAUUUUUGGUCAGUGUAGCGUUGCUAUGUCGGUUUAGUUUUCACCAUUGCUGCUGCAUGGUGAAAGAAAUCGAAUUGUUAUCACUUGAAAAAAUUGCUUGGAUGCAAUCUCCUGUUGAGUUUAGUUACGCCUGACGCUCUGACUCAGUUCUUCCAAUCCUCUGCCUAUUGACUUCUAUAUAUAUGGACGUGGUGUGUGUUUAUGGUUUGAUCUCAAACCAUCUAUAUAUUUUUUGAUUUAUUUCGUGUGCUAUGUAGAAUUCUGUCGAUUUGAGAAAGUAAAACUAGACCUUUACUACCAAAGUCUCUUUCUUUAUCUUCAUAAUUGUUGCAUGAAUUAAAACUAAAUGUGAAUUAAUGGUCUCCGCGUAUGUUCUUUCAGUUCUUUUAACUCGAACAACACUGUUAAAAACAAAAUUUGGAACUCUUUGAAUCUUUAUGAAUAAAGAAGUACCUAGAAAAACAAUAUUUAGGAAUAAAGUAGAACCAUAUUGAUGACAUUUGGUACAAUUGAUGAAAAAAUAUACAGGAUGCAGGUGUGUGGGUUAAAAUGGUCUCAGGAUGAUAGGGAACUUACAUCAGGAGGCAAUCAGCUCUCGGUUUGGAACCAGCAGUGUGAGCAGCCAAUUCUGAAACUAACUGAGCACACAACUGCUAUGAAAGCCAUAGCUUGGUCACCCCACCAGAGUGGUCUUCUUACUUGCGGAGGUGGUACCGCAGAUCGUUCUACUCUAUUUUGGAAUACCACAAAUGGGAAUCAGAUAAAUAGUAUUAAUACAGGAAGUCAGACCUGGGAAGAUAAUAGCAGCAUCACUCACCUCUUUCCAUUGCUGCACAAGCUUGGAAUUCAACUCUUAAUAAUCCUAUAGCGCGUCUUAUAGGUAUACUAAUUAUCUCCUUCGUUCUUGUUUACUUUCAACGAAAGGGGGAGGCACAAUAAUUUAGGUGAUGAGAGAGAAAGAGAGAAAAAAAGGUGACUUAUGUGAUGAUGAGCUGCAGAGAGAAAGAAUAUCCAAAAAAAGGUAGUGUCGCAAGUAAAUUAAAACAAUCCAAAAUAGUGAGUGUUGCAUGUAAAUAAGAACGGAGGAAGUCUAUGAAAAGGGUGCAUUUGAUUCAUUCUUUCUGCAUUAUGAAUUUGCUUCAUUUUUCAAUCAUGUUUUCAGUUGAUUCAACUUAACUCAGCAAAGAGUAGGGUGGGUGACUUGAGCUUGUGAGUCUUCUAAUAGUAUUUCAAAUUGAUAAUUUCUUUCAAUGAGCUUUUCUCUACAAUUCACAAGUUUCUCUAUUGAACGAUAUAAUUUAUAACUCACAAUUUUGUUUUGAUUUGAUAGUUUACGCUUUCUAAGAAUUUAUGGACUAGAGUGAGGAGAUUUAUGUUGAGUGAUUGUUUUAGAAUAUGAACAUGUAGCUGACUAUUACACUAUUGUCCAAAGAUAUUAGUAACAUAGCACAUUUGGUAUGAAUAUGUAUAUUGUGAAGUCAAGUAGAGUAUGUAGUAGUAAAUCUCGAGUAGAGUUUUGUGAUAUCAUCGCUUUGUUUGAUUGAGGUAAAGAUGGUGGGAGCGAGGGAUACAAAUUGUACAAAGGGUUUGGAAACAUGUGAAACUCCCUAAUUACGAUAUACUAAGAGUAUGACCAACUUUUGGUUGGAUGGAGUCUGAGAUUUGAGAUGUAAGCUGAUAUAAGUAUUUGGUUAUGAUUUAUGGCUUAGGUGGGUGUAGGCUACUUCGUUAGGAAAUUGUGUAGUUCAAGGCUGAAGCCAUCAUAUUAAUAGGUGCGUAAAAAUCAAUGUAUUUGAAGUAUAUAAGAAAGUAUAGUGUUUACUAGACUAAAUAGUUCUAUGGGUUGAAUUGUGCCUUGAGUUAGUGUGUACUUUAUUGGGGUUGAGUACUCUUCAUUCUUGCGCAAUAUAAGUGGUAAAUCCGACUCUCCAAAUGGGUAUGGACACUUAAGGCACACAUUUUUUAUUUUGGCAAAAUUAGGCUUUUUAAAAUAAUCUCAUACUUGUAUAUUCUUGAAUAACAAAUGAAAUCAUCCUUGCCCCCAUGUCCACUUCAUAACUUUUGACAUUUGUGACCUUAGCAUUGUAUCCUAUGAGUUUUCCAUGUAAGAAUCUUGGAUACUUACCUAUGCCUGACACUCAAAUCGGUAAUCAUCAUGUGGAGAAAACAAUUAUUUGAAUAUAUAGAGUAUAUGAUGAAGACUUCUAAUGUUACAGUCUCACAGACAUAAUGUGUGUUGGUUAUGGUUGAUGGAUGGUAAAAUGAGUUAAGGGUAUUUACUUAGAAUGUCUUAAAUCAAAUAGAGGUAUCACUUUAUUUUCUUAAUAAUUAAUUAUGCUUUGUUACCCUUUAUUUUCAACGACUUUCUGAUUACAUCUCUUUCGUAUCGCUUCGUUUUAGAUGAAUUUACAUAGGAUCUCACACUAACAAAGACCCAGAACAUGAAUUUUUUAGCGGGGAUAGAGGGAUGCAAUCCGUAUGAGUUGCUGUCUCAUCCUACUUUAUUUGAUGUUACUUUGAAGCAUUUCAAUAAGCUUAAUUACUGCAGAAAAUGACUCUCUGACCUUUGUCUGUAAACGCAAUGCCUUCGUUUUAUUAGCUUAGUCUUGAAGAUUAUAUCUUUGCUUUUGAUCUUUCGUAUAUCAUCUACUUUGUAUAUCAUAUACUUCAUAUAUAGCUUUAAUGCAUGGCGCUGGUAUUUCACAUAUUUGUUACUUGGAAGAUAGCGAGUAUAAGGUUUUAUAGGAUGAGAGUUCGAUCACUAGGCCUAGAGGAGGAGAAGCACUUGAUUUAGAUCAUAUUUUAUAAACUACAAUUGCUACAACACUAGGAAGAUACUAGCUUGGUCUUUGCUAUAAACUAUAAAGUAAACUAAGUCUUCAUCUUUCUUUUAGAUAUACUCUUAAGAAUCAGUGAUACAUAGCUCUUAACAUGUAUCCUUUAUAUGACUAGGGGUGUGGUAUAUUAGGAAUAUGAACAUUGAAGAUGUAGUGGAGAGGAAUACAAGUAUUUUUCGGCAUGCUAGAGGACACUUAUAUGUUGUUUCAAAUGAUUUAGCAACCUAUUUAGCCAUCAACCAACAAGUAUGAAAUCUUUAGCAUCUUUGCAAUUCUUCAUUUUAUGUCAAUUGAUUUUUAUCUCUAUGCUCAGGUAAAAACUUACCUUUGUAGUUUCCUCAAUCAUUAUGAGCUGCAUAACCCAUUAAUUAGUGGUUUAAGCAGAAAACCACCAAUUAAUAUUGAGAGUUACAACGACAAUUUAUCUAGAGAGUUACAAGAACAUAUCUGGACCUGGAUGGAUGUUUGCUUCUAGGAUUUUUUUUAGAGGAAAAUAGAGCUGGAAAGGGUUUCAUGGUUGAAAUAUAUUCUCUACCAAAACAUUAGAACUAAGAAUUGGAGAGAAAAAAGGAACAAUUUUGAAAAAUUACAAUACUAUAAGAUUGGAAAUAUUAAGAGGAAAGAAGAUGGUUUCUGUGGGAUAUUGUUGGAUGUUGGAGGGGCCUUAUUUGUUCAUUAUAUUUCCCCUUCAAAUAUAAAGUGGCUAUAUAUAUGUAUAUAGUUAUUGCAUGUAGUACUACUACUUUGAAUCAGAUGUUUCAAAACUUCUUUCAUGCCCUCUAUUCGUAAUGCCUAGAGUUUUAUUUCAUCUGUGUAAAGUUUUAUUUCAUGUGUUCAAUUAUUAUUUAAUGGUUAUGUAAACUUUUUUUACUUAAUCGUAUGCUCAAACUCACUCUUUUUUUUUAAAAAAUGUGGUAGAUUUUUGUAGGAAUUGGUGUCUAAAACAAGUAUAUAUAAGUUUUAUAGUUGAUUUUGUUGUCUAACACAAGUAUAUAUAA